AAGUUGCUAUCUUUGCUCUACCUGGUGGUCGUCGGUCAGUCGAAGAGAAAGCGGAGACGGGAGUGAUUGUGUUGUGUCUCGACAGCAGCUGAUACAGUUUGUUUUACUCUUUGCGUGAUAGCGGGGCCGGAAGCGACGUUCUAGAUAUUUAAAUUUGGGGUAGAAUUGUGUAGUUGUAGUCUGGACGGUAGGAUGUCCACGGAGAAGCGCCGCGAACCGCGUGAGAAACGCAACAAAUCGAACCAGAUUAUGCGGGACGUACUGUACAGCGUGCUGUUCAACAUAUUUGCGAUCAUUCACCUGCUGGUGGACAAGGUCUUGGAUGUGUUCUUCAAGUGGUUCUGGGGUCCGGAGCGGGCGCGUUGUCCGCCGCUGCAGCGCAAGCAGGUCAUCGUGACGUACAGCGUCCAGCAGCUGGCUCAAAUGAUCCGAACCAAGGAGAUUAGCUGCUACGAAGUCGUCAGCGCGUACAUCGAUCGCCUGAACGAGGUCAAUCCGAUCUUGAACGCCGUCGUCGAUGGUCCGUUCGUGGAAGCGCUCGAGGAAGCCAAAACCAUUGACGACCGCAUUCGGCGCGGGGACAUCUCCGAAAACGAGUUCGCCGAAAAGCCCUUCCUGGGGAUUCCCUUCACCACCAAGGACAGCACCGCCGUCAAGGACAAGCUGCACACGCUGGGACUCACGUCCCGCCGCACCGUCAAGGCCAAAGAGGACGCCGAGUGUAUCCGGCUGAUGAAGGAGGCCGGUGCGAUCAUCAUCGCUACGACCAACGUGCCGGAAGUGAACCGAUGGCAAGAAACGCGCAACAACCUGAUUGGCCAAACGAACAACCCGUACGACAGCCGCCGCACCGUGGGAGGAUCUAGCGGAGGCGAGGGAGCGCUCAUCGCGGCCUGCGGAACCGCCUUCGGAAUAGGUACCGACAUCGGUGGCUCCAUCCGGAUGCCGGCGUUCUACUGUGGCAUCUACGGCCACAAACCCACUUCCGGGGUGGUCAACAUGCGCGGUUGCACGUUCCGCACGGGGCGCGAAACCUCCACGAUGGUUGUGGCCGGCCCGAUGACCCGUUACGCGUCGGACAUGCGUCCCAUCAUGAAGACCUUGGUUGGUCCGAAGGGAUCGGCGGCGCUCAAGCUGGACGAGAAGACCGACCUGAAGAAGUUGCGGUACUUUUACGCCACCAGUUCCGGAGACAUCAAGUGCAGUCCGGUUCACUCGCAGCUGCAGCGUGUGAUGACCCGCAUGGUGGACUACUUUGGCGAUUUGGCGCCGGCCGGCGUGGAGAAGGUGACCCUGUCCGGAUCGGAACACACGAGCAAGAUGUGGCGCUACUGGAUGACCCAGGAACCGGCCAACUUCAACAACAUGCUCGGCAAUGGAAAGCAGCUGAAUCCGUUUGUGGAGUUGGCCAAGAAGCUGACCGGAAGUUGUGAGUUCACGCUGGCAUCGGUUUACUCGCUGAUCGACAGCGUUUUGCCGCCGGAAAAUGCCGACAAGAUCAAGGAGAUAACCCGCCAGUGUGACCAGGAGUUGACCGAGCUGCUCGGCGAUGACGGAAUACUGUUCUAUCCCAGUACGACUCACUCGGCGCCGUACCACUAUUCGGCGUUCGUGAACGUGUACAACUUUGGCUAUUGGUGCCUGUUCAACGUGCUGCACAUGCCGGCCACCCAGGUUCCGCUGGGACUCGACCCGGACGGUUUGCCGCUGGGAAUUCAGGUGGUGGCCGGUCGGAACCGCGACAGGCACUGUCUAGCCGUGGCAGAGGAGAUCGAGCGUGUCUUCAACGGACGCAUUUCGCCGUUCAUCAUCGACUGAAGAGAUUUGUGUUCGUUUUUUUUUUCGUUGUCGUGUAACUUUGGAGAUUAUUUCUAACAUAACUAGUUGUACUGGUGCAUUGUGGUAGGUUUUACGACUUGAGGCUGUAUGGUGCAGUAUUCAUUAACAAAUAAAUAUAUUUAUUAUUAAAGAG